GGAAACAGAUCGUGUUACGGUUUCGUGCAAUUAUACUGCAUAACGGCAUCGCCGCCGUAUUCCGAAGUCGCAGAAGCUCGCCGCUGUCGCCGGAACUUAGAUCCUCCUCCUCUUCCAUAAAAUUCCAUAGCUCAUGGAAAUCACUCUCACCUCCGCAGCUCAAUCGCUCUCUCUUUCGAGAAGUUCCGUUCCCUCGACUUCUCUUAUUUCAAAAUUCACCCCAAUUUCUUCUCUUAGUUUUACCAAUUUCGCCACCACAAAGCAGUUCUCCGUCAGAAGGCGGUUGAUUCGGCGGCAAAACUGUUUGAUCAAAGUUCAAGCCUCCACCGACGGCGCUAUCACUGCGAACCAGGAGCAAAAUGACGAUUUCAUCCUCGAAGACGUUCCGCACCUGACCGAUUUCCUCCCUGAUUUACCGGCGUGUCCAAAUCCAUUGAAGAAAAGCCAAGCUUAUGCCAUCGUCAAGAGAACAUUUGUUAGCCCUGAAGAUGUGGUGGCACAGAAGAUUGUUGUGCAGAAGGACAGUCCAAGGGGGAAACAUUUUCGGCGUGCAGGGCCUCGCGCAAAGGUGUAUUUUCAGCCGGAGGAAGUGCGUGCAUGUAUCGUGACGUGUGGGGGUUUAUGCCCUGGAAUAAAUACAGUGAUACGCGAGAUAGUUUGUGGUUUGAAAGAUAUGUAUGGAGUAGGUGAAAUCCUUGGUAUUCAGGGAGGAUACAGAGGGUUCUAUUCGAAAAAUACCAUCCAGUUGACGCCGAAAUCUGUGAAUGACAUUCAUAAGCGUGGUGGAACAUUCUUGCAAACUUCAAGAGGAGGUCAUGAUACCAAUAAGAUAGUUGACAAUAUUCAGGACCGAGGAAUAAACCAGGUUUACAUAAUUGGAGGGGAUGGUACUCAAAAAGGUGCAGCUGAAAUUUAUAAGGAAGUGGAAAGGCGGGGGAUUAAAGUGGCAGUAGCUGGAAUUCCCAAGACAAUUGAUAAUGAUAUUGCUGUCAUAGACAAAUCCUUCGGCUUUGAUACAGCUGUAGAGGAGGCACAGAGAGCGAUAAAUGCCGCACAUGUCGAAGUAGAGAGCGUAGAAAAUGGAGUUGGAAUUGUGAAGCUUAUGGGCCGAUACAGUGGAUUCAUUGCUAUGCACGCAACAUUGGCAAGUCGCGAUGUGGAUUGUUGCUUAAUACCAGAGUCUCCAUUCUAUUUAGAAGGUCAAGGUGGACUGUUUGAAUUUAUUGAAGAGAGGCUCAAAGAAAAUUCGCAUAUUGUGAUUGUGUUGGCUGAAGGUGCGGGGCAGGAAUAUGUUGCUCAGAGUUUGCAUGCAGCCGAUGAAAAAGAUGCAUCUGGGAACAAGCUACUUUUGGAUGUCGGCCUCUGGCUUACACAAAAGUUUAAGGAUCAUUUCACCAAAGUCCGGAAGAUGGGAAUCAAUAUGAAAUAUAUAGAUCCUACAUACAUGAUUCGAGCAGUUCCGAGUAAUGCAUCGGACAACAUCUAUUGCACACUUCUUGCUCAAAGUGCUGUUCAUGGAGCCAUGGCAGGAUUUACUGGCUUCACCGUUGGGCCUGUCAAUAGCAGACAUGCCUAUAUCCCAAUCAGCCGAGUAACGGAGGCUCAAAACACAGUGAAAUUAACAGACAGGAUGUGGGCCCGGCUUCUUGCAUCCACGAACCAACCUAGUUUUCUAAAUUCCGAGGUUGUGCAGGAAAAUAGUUAAUAAGACGACCAGCAACAACACGUUUACUUCUAUAUAAAAUUCAACGAAUUCAUCGGUUCCCCAGCCAACAGAAAAAAGGUAUUUGGUUGCAUAUUGAUGCUUUCAAUUAUUAUUAGAAAAAAAGUAGAAAACAAAAGUAGCAGUGCUUUCUAUCUGUAUCUUCAUUAAUCUUUAAAAAUGCAACUAAUUAGUUCUGUAAAGUGUCACUACUUGCAACUAAAGUCCGCAAGUAGUCUUCUAUUUGAUUUGUUUAUUAGCGACAUACUUCUUUUUCGAGAGACGACGCAAGUGUGAACUUACAUUCCAAUAUAGAUUAAUGUAUUCACAAUUCAACA